UCUGCUGCAUGUUUCAGCUCACCCAUGCCCUCACAAAUCCAGCAGUAUUCACUGCCUUUUGUAUCCAGGGGAGUAAACAAUGACACUGAAGACGGAAGAAUACCCAGUUCAGAACCAGGAGCAGAAACGUGUUUGUCCUAAAUAGAGGACGCAGGAAUAUUAUCCUGGCAACAUGAUUGGCUGUGAGGGCCUGAACAGCUGAGCUGCAUCAAUGGCGUGGGCCGAACCACAGCUCCAUCCAGAUCCACAGCCGCUACCAAAACAGACACAGUGCACACUUCUGUUUUACUCAUUUUUACUACUGUUCUCGAUCGGUUCCUUUGGUAAUGCUGGUCCAGCAGAACCUGCCCGUCUUCCACUCCUGUCUGGACAGCCUUUCAUUAUCUUCUGGGGGAUCCCAGACUCUUCCUGUGCCGGUCGCCUAAACCCUACGUCGUUUGGCAUGGAACGAGAGGGUCGAGUAGCCGUCUUUUACGAGGAUUCGCUGGGUAACUACCCAUAUUUUCUGGACAAAAACACACCAAUCAACGGAGGGAUUCCACAGUACACACGACUGGAUGGGCAUGUGCAGAAGACGAAGCAAGACUUGGAGGCGGCUUUGCCUGCGCCCCGGUACCUCGGCCUGGGGGUCCUUCGUUGGGCCGAAUGGGUCCCCCAGUGGUCAAGAAACCAAGAGAAACAAGCAAUGUACCUGGAGGCUUCCAGGAAACUGCUCCGGGGUUUCUUCCCUAAAUGGACCCCAGAGGAAGUGGAGAAGUGGUCACGGGUGGACUUUGAGGCAGCAGCUCAGUCAGUCAUGGUGGAGACUCUGCGGGAAGUUAAAAGGUUGAGGCCCAAGGCAUUGUGGGGUUUCUCCCCUUACCCUAACUGCUAUAACAGCGACCCGGCCCAGACCCAGUUAGGCAAUUACAGCGGCCAGUGCCCCCCUGCAGCGAUGGCCCUCAACGAUGAGCUUCUGUGGCUGUGGAAAAGAAGCUCUGCGCUCUUCCCCCUCCUGACCCUGGAGAAGCGGCAGGGUGGGACGGUGGCAGCCAGGUCCUUCUUGUCAAGACAAAUAAAAGAAGCACUACGAGUAGCAUCGGUGGCUGGAGCAGAGUUUGAUCUGCCUGUUUUUCCUUUGGUAAAGAGCGUGUAUGUUUCAAGUAAAACUUUCCUAUCACAGGCUGACCUCAUCAACACUAUAGGAGAAUCUGCUGCCAUGGGAACAGCAGGAGUUGUCAUCUGGAAUAGAAGUGAGAUGAAAACAGAGAGAGAGUGCCAAGACCUGGCAGUGUUUGUCCGUAAAGUCCUGGGCCCUUACACCGUCAACGUUACUACUGCAACUCAGUCCUGUUCCUCCUCCCUCUGCCAGGGGAAGGGUCGCUGUGUUCGUCAAAAUCCAGACAGCUCCGCCUUCCUCCAUCUACCGUCCCAACCCAGUGCUGCAGACAAGUCCACAGAAAAGGCAGAGGGAGCAGAAGCCACCCAACAGCCAGAUGCAGAGACUAAAGCGGCUGAACCAGAUCCAGCUGAGAUCUGGAAAAAAGACUUCCAGUGCCAGUGGUACAAGAGUGCAGAUGGGGAAAUCUCUGAACGGCAGCCCCCCAAGGACGGCGUGUCUGUUGGAGGAAACGCUGAAGGCAACACUGGGAACACAGCGGAGACCAGGACAUCUUCCACAACAAAAAGUGCCUCUGAGAAUUUGUUUAGAGGAAGUGAUGUUGCUGGUACUGGAAGUCAAACAGUUUCAGUAGAAAUGCAGACAGACAAUGGUACGAACCUACUAACAGUCCCAACCCUACAAACUUUGCUUCUGCUGCUGGGGGCUGGAUGCUUAUGCCUGUGACCUUAAAAUAAAAACUAACCCAGUCUUCAUCAAAGAAGGCCUGUGAUGUAAACUGCAAGUACAAACCUCAACAAAGUGCCUUUUAAAAUGUCUUGUCUCUGACAGCUGUAGGAUUGCUGCUUUGUAGCUAAAUUACUCACUUUAUUUUUAAUAAAGGAAUUCAAACUAUAUUUAGAGCAGACAUCACUGAAUGUGCCAAGACACGGUGAUACAGACCUUAAUACUGACAGAAGGAAAGAAAAGGAAACAGCUGUUGUGUGGGCUGGCUAGCGAAUGUAAAGGUUUAUGUACUAUGGCAGAACUUUAGAAAACCGAACCCACACCUCUGUCUCCACACAUUUACAUUCUUGUUGAUCUUUGUACGUCGGGUUGGUGUAAUCUCCUCUUCUCCAUUUCCAAGUCAUCUAAAAGGACAUUUCAUGAGUUGAAGGUCAAUGAUAGAAAUUAUUUUAAAAGGUUAUUGCUUUUUCACUCCACCAAAUCACACGGAUGAUUUAAAAACCCACCAAGGAUUUGGGAUUGUUGACCCAGCUCUGUUCAGAAGUUCCUAGGUUGCACCCUGACAGACAAAGGGGAAAGUGCUAGUUUGGUGGCUUUACCAAGAACCCCCAGAAUGCUGUCAGACAGGCAUCAGUCCAGAACUUAAAAGCGGAAUCCCACCAGGCGAGAUGCUACAAGAAAGGGAUCCUCAUUCGCACAGCCAGGUCUCUGUGGGGUACAUUCGGCCUGACGCAUCCCCAACGACCACAGGCCGUCAGCCAGGACGCCAUCAUGCUGCGGUGUGGCCCACGCCCCAACACAAACGGCAACACGCAGAGGAGUGCAGCGACACCGCCAAAGCCUCCCGAGAUCAUUCCUACAUCAUCAGUCCCAUUAAAACAGCGCAGGCACAAAUGCUUGAGACUGUUUUAGUUGAUUUUUUUAAAAACUCAAAAGGAAAAGUUAACAUGUGUAAUCCAACAAUACAUUUGCACAUAUCCAUAUACAGUCACAACCAGUGUUUUUUUUUUUUUUUUGCACUGCAACCCAAAUGUAGUGCAGCUGAAAACAAAGUGGCAAACUUAACCGUCACCUAAUUUCAUGGUGUGGAAAGCUAACAUCUGUUAAUUUAGCACUAAAUCCCAAAUAUUGCUAAUUUACUCUCAACUUUCCACACUCAGAGGACGUUUUUCUGCUGACUCCAUGCGGUAUGAUGUGAAUUUCAGGCAAAGUGGCUAUUACUCCAAAUAAAUAAUUCACCGAAGCCAUCCUACAUUUGGAUACCUUUCACUUGGAAGAAAAAAAACACCUCUUCAAAAAGCUUCCACCUUUACCUGGUCUUCAAUUGAUUGUAUUCACAUCGCUUUCUUUUAUGUGCUCGUGGUGUUUUAUGGCUGAUCCAUACUUUUGUAAUUUAUGUUGUUAGCAUUAUUUACAUCUUGUCUGCGCAGAACUGUGAUAUAUUAAAUCUGCUCUAAAAACUGAAUAAAAAUGAAAGGAAACUUUGUAAAA